AUGGCGGAAAAAAACGACUUUCUGGUGGAAGCCGGGCUCAACGGCUCCUCCGACGUCAAACAUGAGGACUCCCACUCUCUGUCUUCCACAGAUGUGGACAGCACGUCCAUGGACAUGAUUGCCGACGACAAGGUGCUGUACGAACAGAUGCGGAUCAUCAACAACACAAUUGACGAGAUUGGGCUGACGGCUUACCAUUGGAAGCUCUUCUGUCUGAACGGAAUGGGUUAUGCCACCGACUCGACUCUCACCUUUAUCCAGUCUCUCACUCUGGCUCCUACCCAGAAGGAAUUCGACUUUGAGUUCCCCGGUCCUACCAUGGCUCUGUACGGUGGUAUGCUUCUUGGUGCCAUUAUCUGGGGCUUUUCGGCCGACAUUAUCGGUCGAAAGUUCGCCUUCAACUCUUCGUUGAUCUUAUCGGCCGUUUUUGCCAUGAUUGCCGCAGGUAUGCCCAACCUGGCAGGGUACUGUGUUCUGGUGGCCAUGAGUGCUGCUGCUGCUGGAGGAAAUUUGGUUCUCGACACCACAGUAUUUCUGGAGUUUCUGCCCAGCUCUCAACAGUGGCUCCUCACCCUGUUGGCUGCCUGGUGGGGUGUGGGUCAGCUAAUUGCGGUGCUUGUGAUCUGGCCGUUCAUGGCCAACUACCAGUGCGAGAGCAAGGACUACUGCCCCAAGCACAUCAACAUGGGCUGGCGGUACUCUUGGAUCACCCUCGGAGGCAUGGUUCUCAUUCUGGGAAUUCUGCGUAUCACCGUCAUUCGACUUAUUGAGACCCCCAAGUUCAAUCUGUGCGAAGGAAACGUCGAGCAGGUGGUCAAGGAUCUGCACAAGAUUGCCAACGCCGGAGGAAAGACCAUUUCCCUGACCGUCGAGCAACUGGAGGCCUGUGGAAAGCUAGAUCCCGCCCAGCUGAGAAAAAACCAGAAAUGGAAGUGGGUCAAGGACCUGGGAACCAACGUCAAGCUGCUGUUUGCCAACCGAAAGCUCGCCCAGAGCACCACUAUCUUGUGGAUCUCCUGGACGGUUCUUGGUAUCGCCUACCCUCUAUACUCCUCCUUCUUGCCUGCCUACCUCUCGUCUCGAGGAGCCCAAACAGGAGGAGGAACCAUCGAUGAUACUUACCGAGCCAUGUCCAUCUCCAACACCUUCUCCAUUUUCGGGCCCGUGUUGGCUGCCAUUCUUCUCUUUGUCCCCAAAAUUCCUCUAUGGGGUCGAUUCUACAUUCCUGCUCCCGGAAGAAGAGGAGCCAUGUGUAUCGGAGCCCUGCUGACUAUGACCUUCUUUUUCGCCUACACCACCGUCAAAACCGAGGUCCAGAAUGUGGCCUUCUCCUCAGUCACCUCCCUCACCAUCUACACCUACUACGGAACGCUCUACGCCUUUACCCCGGAGGUCAUGCCCUCAAGAGCUAGAGCCACAGGAAACGGAAUCGCCAUUGCCUUCACCCGACUGGCUGGUAUCAUGUCUCCUCUCAUUGCGUACUAUGGAGACACGAGCUCCAGUAUUCCCAUUUACGUGUGUGCCGCGUGCUACGGCGCCCUGGGUCUGGGAUGCUUCCUGUAUCCUUUUGAGCCCAUGGUCAACCGGGCUAUGUAA